AAUGCCAUUUGCCAUCACCCAUUUUACAGAUGAGCUAACUGAGGAGGUGCAUAGGAGUGCCCACAGGAAACACUGGGCCCCCAAGUAUCUCGCCCACCAAGAGUCCAUUAGCCUUGGAGCAUGGCAAGUCCCAAGCACCCUGGGGGCCCUGGAUGGAUGGGACACGGAGCCCAGUGCAUGGCAGGGACCAAGCAGGAAACAUCAGCCACGGGCCCAGACCUCCCACGUCCGGGACCUGAAGGGCACUUAGAGGCCCGCAGCAGCCCCGGCUCCAACUCCAGCAUGACCACACGGGAGCUGCAGGAGUACUGGCGCGGCGAGAAGGGCUGCUGGCGGCGCGUCAAACUGCUCUUUGAGAUCAGCUCGGCCCGCAUCGAGGAGAGGAAGGUCUCCAAGUUCGUGAUGUACCAAAUCGUCGUCAUCCAGACGGGGAGCUUUGACAGCAACAAAGCCGUCCUGGAACGGCGCUAUUCGGACUUCGAGACGCUCCAGAAAAACCUCCAGAAGACCUUCAGGGAAGAGAUCGAAGACGUGGUCUUCCCCAGGAAGCACCUGACGGGGAACUUCACGGAGGAGAUGAUCUCGGAGCGCAAGCUGGCCUUCAAGGAGUACCUGAGCCUGCUGUACGCCAUCCGCUGCGUGCGCCGCUCCCGGGAGUUCAUCGACUUCCUCACGCGGCCCGAGCUGCGGGAGGCCUUCGGCUGCCUGCGCGCCGGCCAGUACACCAAGGCCCUGGACAUCCUGGUGCGCGUGGCGCCGCUGCUGGAGAAGCUGACGGCCCACUGCCCCGUGAUGCUGGUGCCGGCCCUCUGCGCCAUGCUGGUGUGCCACCGCGACCUCGAGCGCCCGGCCGAGGCCUUCGCGGCCGGCGAGAGGGCCCUGCAGUGCCUGCAGGCCCGGGAGGGCCACCGCUACUACGCGCCCCUGCUGGACGCCAUGAUCCGCCUGGCCUACGCGCUGGGCAAGGACUUUGCGUCGCUGCAACAGAGGCUGGAGGAGAGCCAGCUGCGGAAGCCCACCCUCCGGGGCUUCACGCUGAAGGAACUCACCGUCCGAGAGUAUCUGUACUGAGCGCUCUGCAGGGAAGCUGGGAUUUGGGGUCACCAUUGCACGGUG